AUGGAUCAGAAUUUCUCAACGGUUCGAGAUGGCAAGCAGCUGCUCCCAGAGAGAGACUCGUCCAAACGCGUGCUGACAGGAUGCUUCCUCUCCCUCCUCAUCUUCACCACGCUGCUAGGCAACACGCUCGUGUGCGCCGCCGUCACCAAGUUCCGACACCUGAGGUCGAAGGUCACCAACUUCUUCGUCAUCUCGCUGGCCAUCUCUGACCUCCUGGUGGCUAUUCUGGUAAUGCCAUGGAAGGCGGCGACCGAGAUUGUGGGGUUUUGGCCGUUUGGCGCCUUCUGCAACGUGUGGGUAGCGUUUGACAUCAUGUGCUCCACCGCCUCCAUCUUGAACCUGUGUGUGAUUAGUGUUGACCGCUACUGGGCCAUCUCGAGCCCAUUCCGCUAUGAACGCAAGAUGACCCCUAAAGUGGCAUGCCUGAUGAUCAGUGUGGCGUGGACCCUGUCCGUGCUCAUCUCCUUCAUUCCAGUCCAGCUUAACUGGCACAAAGCUCAGACCACCAGCUACGCCGAGCUAAACGGAACAUACCCCGGUGACCUGCCCCCGGACAACUGCGACUCCAGCCUUAACAGGACCUACGCCAUCUCCUCCUCCCUUAUCAGCUUCUACAUACCCGUGGCUAUUAUGAUCGUCACCUACACACGGAUCUACCGCAUCGCCCAGAAGCAGAUACGGAGGAUAUCUGCCCUGGAGCGGGCGGCAGAGAGUGCCAAAAACCGCCACAGCAGCAUGGGGAAUAGUUCGAACAUGGAGAGCGAGAGCUCAUUCAAAAUGUCAUUCAAACGAGAAACCAAAGUCUUAAAGACGCUCUCAGUCAUCAUGGGAGUGUUUGUGUGCUGCUGGUUGCCCUUCUUCAUCCUGAACUGCAUGGUUCCGUUCUGUGAGCCCAACAUGCCGGACGGUGCCGCGGAUUUCCCCUGCAUCAGCUCCACCACCUUCGACGUGUUCGUGUGGUUUGGCUGGGCAAACUCCUCGCUCAACCCCAUCAUCUAUGCCUUCAACGCCGAUUUCCGCAAGGCCUUCUCCAUCCUCCUGGGCUGCCACCGGCUCUGCCCGGGGAGCAACGCCAUCGAGAUCGUCAGCAUUAACAACAACAUGGGCGCCCCUACCUCGAACCCCAACAGCCAGUAUCAGCCCAAGAGUCACAUCCCAAAGGAGGGCAACCAUUCUGCCAGCUACGUGAUCCCCCACAGCAUCCUGUGCCAGGAGGAGGAGUUACAGAAGAAGGACGGAUGUGGAGGGGAGAUCGAGGUGGGGAUGGUCAACAACGCCCUGGAGAAACUCUCCCCAGCCAUCUCUGGGAAUUUAGACAGCGAUACCGAGGUCACGCUGGAAAAGAUCAACCCCAUAACACAGAACGGACAGCACAAAGCCGUGUCGUGUUGAGAGGAGGCAAAGGCGGAUGGGAGUACGCUGAGGCACAUAUGUGCGCACAAAGGGAAGAAAAGCUUACCC